UUGAUCUUGAUCUGACGAAAAACUUUCUACCCGAUAAAAUGGAAUUUUUUCAUCGAAUGUUUUCUUCUUUGGUCAAGUUACACAAGCUAAAUUUACAUUCAGCAUCUUAAGAUAAAUUGCCUGAAAAUCUUUUCCAGAAAAUGCAACAUCUAGAAAUUUUAAUUUUAAGUGGAAAUAAAUUAGCGAAGUGGAAUCAGAAUACGUUUGCAAACGUUACAUCUUUGCGAGCAUUAUAUAUACAAGGAAAUAACAUCAACAUAAUAAAUAAGACCACCUUCCCACUAAAUUUGUUAUUAUCGUUAGAAAAACUAGAUUUGACAAGCAAUCCAUUUUGGUGUACUUGUGAUCUGAUGUGGUUUUUUGAUACAAUUUGGAAAACUGAUUUGUCAAAAACUCUUAUUAACUGGCCUACACGUUACGCCUGCUCAUACCCGAAUGAACUAAAACAUAGAUGGUUGAUAAAUUAUAGGCCAACCAUUGAAAGCUGUACUCCAUGGGAUCCGACUGACACCAUUGCAUUUGUGUUUUCGGGUGUUUGUUUGGUGGUUGUUUUGGUAACGAUAAUAUUAAAAUGUCAAACUAAUAUCCGAAAUGCCUUGUAUUUGAUUCGUCUCCAUAGGUAUAAAAGACGAACUCGCUUGUCUGACUUACCAGCUAAUUACGAAUUUGAUGCCUUUAUAGUGUAUUGUGACGCUGAUCGACAUUGGGUACAUGGAGAACUUUUUAAACGCUUGGAAGAUAUGAAUUUGAAGAUAUGCGUUCAUUAUAGGGAUUUUGAAGCUGGGCAACCAAUUACAAGCAAUAUCGAAAAUUUUAUGAAUAAAAGUUGGAAAAUAAUAGUCGUUAUGUCAAAUAACUUUGCUAAGAGUGAGUGGUGUCAGUGGGAAUUAUGUUUGGUCCAGGAAAGGAGACGCCGUAAGGGUACAAAUGCAAUGGUUCUUAUAAUGCGUCAGCAAAUUGAUUUGAAACAUAUGACAAGUCCUCUCCGAACACUUCUUUAUACAACACCUUAUCUCACAUGCAAAAGUGGAUUAGGACUAAAUAUAUUCUGGAAGGCUGUGAUUUAGGGUAUCAAGAAAACAUACAGUGAUCCGCCUAUAGCGGUUUCAUAAAUGUGAUCGAUUCUUGUUCACUAAAGAAGUAGAAAUAAGAGAAAGUUGACUUAUGUAUACGUGGCAGACGAUCUACAACAUAUUGUUCAUUUGUAUCCACCUUUUUGCUUGUAUGAUUAAUUGUUAUAAAUGUUAUAUAAACAUAUUAAGUUGGUUGUGACAGAAAAAGAAAUUUAACGUUUUGCCUUUUAUUAUGUCUGAUUUUUCAAAACAAAGUUAAAAAAAAUUACGUUCGGAUUAGAUAAGCCUAUAUGACGGUAUAACUGUAAUAAAAUGUUCAAUUUA